GACAUCGAUUGACAACUGACAAAUCGACAAUGAUUUCGUGGCCAAGACAAACAAAUUAACGAAAAAAAACACAAUCUAAUUAAUUUGUUUUAUCGUUUCAUAUAUUCCAACUCAAUAGCAAAUAAACGAUAAACAAUGGGAGUGGCUAUAAGCCGAUAUUCAGAUAUAUCUUCAAAUGAACUGCUUGCCCGAUUUUGUUCUGCAGAAAUUAUCUGCCCAAAUGAUCCCUUUUGGAAUCAGUUAUUGGCUUUUAACAUUCAAUUGCCAAAUAAUACUGACGAGCAACUAAUAUUUGACUCAAGCGCAGAGGCUCUCUUACAGAAAUUCUUACAAAACAACUUGCAGACAGGGAACUUGGGCUCUUUAGUUCAGGUAUUUAUCACAAGAGCCACUGAACUAUUGGCAGCACCUAACAGUGACAAUGUAAUGCUAGCAUGGCAGACAUUCAAUGCAUUGUUUGUGAUACGUGCAGUGAGCAAGUACCUUGUGGAAAUAGUACCGGAGUAUGAGCUGUGUAGACAUCUGGAUGUUAAUGCGGUGCGCUCAGCCAAUGGUCCUGUAGAUGUUGGGGAUACUGGCACACCGCCACCCGGGCAGCCGAGUCCGGAGACUCCAGACUCACCAAGCCCACCUACAUCAACCCCGACCCACGCCCCCGAAACCCCCGUCUCACCAAAACUGACGGCCAGCGAGAGCAGAGUUGAAAUGUUGAUAGACGCACUUAUUGGAAUUAUCAUUGAUGUGCCUGUCACGGAUAAUACAUAUUACUUACACUUGGAGUGUAUAAACACACUUUUAGUGCUGAUGUCAGUGUAUAUGUUUGCCGGAGUUCAUGGACAAACACGACUUGUGGAGACCUCUCUUAUAUACAGAACACUCUUCCAAGGUAGAUAUGGUAUGCAUGCACCAUUGCUGGUGAAGACAUUACUUGUGAACUUAUCCAACAUGGCGCCGGCACCGCCCAGCAUGUUCGGCACGGGGACCGGUGAUAGUCUACUUGUUAAUUUAGCCUCGGGUCUCUGGAGCAUGCUACGUCUAGGCGGAGGAGUACGUCAAACUAUCUACAGCCAGCCAGCACUGGACCGACGCGAGCUACUGGAUAGGCUGCGGCGAGAACAUGGCGUCGCCAACCAGUCCUGUCUGCUGCUACUGGCGCUGGCAAACCACUGCAUGACGCAGGAUAAUUUGUAUAGGAACGCGUUGCUCUGCUGCGAGGAUACUGCAGAAACGUCAACUACAACGCCACAGCGCGACUCGAGCGGUGGUGCACAAGUUACACCACCUCGGAUAGACAUGGCAGCGUUACACAAGGCGCUAUGUGCGACAGCUGGUUGUGAACACUCCACACUGUUGCUGUACCUGAUGCUGCACUCCUGCAAGGCCUACAAGCGGCACAUCACUACAGUUGCUCAUAUCGAAGACUUAAUAGUGCCCAUCCUGCAAGUGUUAUACAACGCUCCGGACAGCAACUCACAUCAUAUUUACAUGUCUCUAAUAGUUCUGCUCAUUCUUACUGAAGAUGACUCACUUAUCAAGAAUGUACAUCUUAUUAUGUUGAAGAAUCUAACAUGGUAUACAGAGCGGUCGAUAUCAGAAAUAUCGUUAGGAGGUCUGAUGGUGCUGGUGGUGGUCCGAGCGCUGCAAUACAAUAUGGCGCGUGUCAGAGACAAGUAUCUACAUACUAAUUGUCUGGCAGCCAUCGCUAAUAUGAGCUGUGAAUUCAGAAAUCUACAUCCAUAUGUUGCCCAAAGAAUAGUAUCAUUAUUUGAAACAUUAACGAAAAGAAGAUCUAGAUUGUGUAGUGAAAUAGAAGGUGGAGAUAUAAAUACUUUAGAAUUGCCUCAUCAUGCCGAAGAAAAAACUGAAGAAAUUAUGGACCACAUAGCAGUAUUGGAUGAGGUGAUCCGGAUGCUGCUUGAGAUCAUCAACUCGUGCCUGACGCACCAGCUACCUUCCAAUCUAAACCUGGUGUACGCGCUGCUGCACAAGCGGCACCUCUUCAACCACCAGCAGCACCAGCACCAUCACCACAUCGCGCAGAACAUCGAGAUGGUGAUAGGAUAUUUCUCGACGCGACUGCAGCGGGUGCAGGAAGGUGCGGGCGGAGACCUCGGUGUUACAGAGGUACUGCAGUGCAUCAAGAAAGGCGCCGAACAAUGGUCCAGUGAUAGGCUAAAGAAAUUCCCAGAUUUGAAAUUCCGUUAUGUGGAAGAGGAGAGACCUGAAGAGUUCUUCACGCCGUAUGUAUGGGGUCUGAUCAGCAGCUGUGGGGGCGUGUACUGGGCUAGUGAGUGCGGGGCGAGGGCUGUCGGAGACCUCUUAUGCUGAUUGAAGCACUCCAUGUAUUUAAUUACGAAUGGUUGUAAUGGACCCUUCAUAUUUGAAAGUAAACUCGUUAAGCAUUCAACGUGUUAAACACUCCUCGUAUCAGUUGCAAUGGACCCUGGAAAGUCCGACCCAAUAAUAGGUUCGCGUAUUAAUUUUACACAUAAAUGGGUUAAUGAGAAUGGUUUAAAUAACAUUGAAUAAAGCAUUAAAUUUAUAUAUUUUAAAGAUUUAAAUACAGUAUGAAUAAAUCUCAAAC